GCCAUCCCCGGCGCACACGCGUCCCUACGGCCAUCUCUCCCUCGCGCCCCGGCCGCCGCACCUUCCUUGUGGUACACACGUGCUGACCAUGGCUGCCCUCGCCCCGCCCCUCUCCUCGCCGCUGCCGCUGCCGUACGCGCGUCCGUCGCACGCCUCGUCUGCGCCGCCCGCGCCCUUUGCCGUGCCGCACGCCUCGUCGUCGCGCUCGCCGUCCGUCGCCUCGCCGCGUGCUGCCGCCGCGCCGCGCCAUCGCUCCGCCCUGCCGGCCCUCUCGCGCCCCGCACCCACGCCACUCUCGCGCCCGCUCGUCUCAGCGCCCGCUGCCGGCCCAUCGCGCCCCGCCGCCCGGCCCGGCACGCGCUCGUCGCGCCACCACCUCGAGCCGAACCCGUUUGAGAAGAGCUUCAGCUCCAAGCCGCCCGGCGAGUCGCCGUCGCCCGAGGCCGACGAGCCCGCCGACGACGCGGCGCCCGCCGGCGGCAAGAAGGCCAAGGGCGCCGCUGCGGCCAAGAAGGGUGCCGCGGCAGCGGGCGCCGCCAAGGCCAAGGGCUCCGACGGCGGCAGCCUGCUGGGCCAGCCGCCGGGCGAUGCGCCGCAGGAGGCGCCGCGCCUGCCCUCGCUCGCCGCCCUCACGUCCCCCGCCGCCGACGCCCAUCCGCACGCGUACCCAUGGAGCGGCGGCCUCGGCUCGCUGCGCGCCGGCCCUCUGAGCCCCGCCAUGCUCGCCGGACCCGCAGCGUCGGGCGUCGCGGCGCCCAGCGGCGGCGCGUUCGACGCGUCGGCCUUCCGCACCGGCUUCACGCCCGACCUCAGCAACUUCAAGACGGGCCUGACGCCGCUCGGCGGGCCGUCGAGCUUCCCGCCGCCGAGCCCGGGCACGGCCGCGUUCCUCGCCAUGAUCACGCACGGCUCCGGCGCCGGCCUGACGCCCGGCACUCUCUCGGCGCUCGCCGGCCCGCCGCACGACACCGCCGGCGCGCCGAUGCCGCCGCGCGAGGGCAAUGCCUUUGCGCUGGCCUUCCAGAAGAGCAUGGGCAACGGCACCGGCGCGUCGCAGCCGCCGCAGCCGCAGACGUCGCGCCUGCGCAUGACGACCGACGAGGCCGAGAAUGGCACGGCGCCGCAGGACAGCAAGGCCAAGAACGGCACGACGAGCCCGCAGAACGCGCGCAACAAGCCGCUGCCCAACAACACGAGCCCCAAGCGCGCCGGCGGCUCCAAGACGAAGCGCAGCGGAGCGGGCGCGGGCGUGCCGUCGCAGCCUGCACCGGCGGCGCAGCAGCCGCUGGGGCCGCCGCACGUGCCGAGCCAGCACGCGCCGCAGGGCAUGCCCGGCAAUGUGCCGCCGGCGGCCAGCGGCCUCUUCCUGCUCUCGCAGGCGCAUCAGGAGCUGACGAAGCGCGAGGACGAGGCGGCGGCGGCGGCGGCAUCGACGUCCAAGCCGAAGCGCAAGAAGUCGGAGAACGGCUCCGUCAACGGCGCGCCGGCCGGUGCGGCGGGCGCCAGUGCGAAGCGCGCCAAGAAGCAAAAGACGCCGCGCAGCGAGGCGGGCAGCGACAAGUAUCCGGGCAUGGAGUCGGACGAGGAGCGCGACUUUGACAAAGAGACGGAGGGCAUGGACGACGAGGAGAAGCGCAAAAACUUCCUCGAGCGCAACCGGCAGGCGGCACUCAAGUGCCGGCAGCGCAAAAAGGCCUGGCUGCAGCAGCUGCAGCAGCGCGCCGAGAUGCUGCAGACGGACAACGAGCACCUGCGCGACAGCGUCGGCGCGCUGCGCGGCGAGGUGGCGUUCCUCAAGUCGCAGCUCAUGGCCGCGCAGGCGCAGCUGGCGGGCGGCGCCGACGGCAGUCCGCCGCCGCCAGGCGCCAUGCACCACAUGCGUGGGCCACCGCCCAUGGGCGCGCUGCCGCCGGGCGUCGUGCCGCCGCCGGGCAUGCACAUGGGGCACGUCGUGCCGCCGCCGCCGCCGGGCACGUACGAGGCGCACGCCGUGCCGCGCCCCACGCACCUGCCGCCGCCGGGCGCGCCGUACGACGGCGCCGCCAUGGCACACCACAUGGCGCCGCGCGGCAUCAAGCAGCAGCAGGAGGCAUGAGGAGUGCAGCUGCUCCUCCACACACGCGCAGGACGUGCUGCAGCCCCAUCGCCGAGCCUGCCCGUUACCGUAACGACCUUUCCUCCCCCCGCCCCUCUCUACCGCUCUGCUCGCUGCGCCCCACACCCCUGUUGUACCAUCGCCGUCGCCCGUCGCUGCCCCCCCGUGUAUUUCCCCUUGUCAUGCUGCGGCACCUGGACCAAUUGCAUGCCAUUGCGACAC